GGAAUGAUUGCUCUCAUAACAGCCACAGGCAUGGAGAUUCUAGGGCCAAAACAGAUCGUAUGUAACGUUUCUUCUUUGCCUCUCAGGAGCCUAAAGCCCCCAGCUCAUCCCUCCUGAGACAUCUUUGCUCCAAGAACUAGGAGAUCGUUGGGUGACAAGGUGACAAGUCCUCUCAUCAUAUUCCAGCAGAUUUCAUCAGCAGGAUGGGAUGCAAGGUGCUGCUCAACCUUGGUCAGCAGAUGCUGAGGCGGAAGGUGGUGGAUUGCAGCCGUGAGGACAGCCGGCUGUCCCGCUGCCUGAACACUUUUGACCUGGUGGCGCUGGGGGUGGGCAGCACGCUGGGUGCUGGUGUGUACAUCCUGGCCGGAGCUGUGGCCCGUGAGAACUCGGGCCCCGCCAUUGUCAUCUCCUUCCUGAUUGCCGCGCUGGCGUCCGUGCUGGCUGGCCUUUGUUACGGAGAGUUUGGUGCUCGUGUCCCCAAGACUGGCUCAGCCUACCUCUACAGCUACGUCACUGUUGGGGAGCUCUGGGCCUUCAUCACAGGGUGGAACCUCAUUCUCUCCUACAUCAUCGGUACUUCAAGUGUGGCAAGAGCCUGGAGUGCAACGUUUGAUGAGCUGAUUGGCAAACCCAUUGGGGAGUUCUCUCGGACACACAUGGCUCUGAACGCCCCUGGAGUGCUGGCCACAAACCCAGACAUCUUUGCUGUGAUCAUAAUUCUCAUCUUAACAGGACUUUUAACUCUUGGUGUGAAAGAGUCAGCCAUGGUCAACAAAAUAUUCACUUGUAUCAACGUUCUGGUCCUGGGCUUCAUCAUGGUGUCAGGAUUUGUGAAAGGAUCGCUUAAAAACUGGCAGUUCACAAGGGAAUAUUUGCACAACAACUCUGGUCACCUGUGCUCAAACAAUGAAACGAAAGAAGGGGAUCCUGGUAUCGGUGGGUUCAUGCCCUUUGAGUUCUCCGGUGUCCUGUCAGGAGCAGCAACCUGCUUCUAUGCCUUCGUGGGCUUUGACUGCAUUGCCACCACAGGUGAAGAAGUUAAGAAUCCCCAGAAGGCCAUCCCCGUGGGCAUCGUUGCUUCCCUCCUGAUUUGCUUCAUUGCCUAUUUCGGGGUGUCGGCUGCCCUCACACUCAUGAUGCCGUACUUCUGCCUUGACAAGGAUAGUCCCCUGCCUGAGGCCUUCAAGCACGUGGGCUGGGAAGGCGCCAAGUAUGCAGUGGCCAUUGGCUCCCUAUGUGCUCUGUCUACUAGCCUUUUGGGUUCCAUGUUUCCCAUGCCUCGAGUUAUCUAUGCCAUGGCUGAAGAUGGACUGCUAUUUAAAUUUUUGGCCAAAAUCAACGAUAGGACCAAAACACCAGUAAUUGCCACGUUAACCUCAGGUGCCAUUGCCGCUGUGAUGGCCUUCCUCUUUGACCUGAAGGACUUGGUGGACCUCAUGUCCAUUGGCACCCUCUUGGCUUACUCUUUGGUGGCUGCCUGUGUGUUGGUCUUACGGUAUCAGCCAGAGCAACCUAACAUGGUAUACCAGAUGGCCAGAACUACUGAGGAGCUGGACCAAGUAGACCAGCAUGAACUGGUGAGCACCAGCGAUUCCCAGACAGGCUUUUUACCAGAAGCAGAAGAGUUUUCUUUGAAAACCAUACUUGCACCCAAAAACAUGGAGCCCUCCAAAUUCUCUGGGCUAAUUGUGAACAUUUCAACCAGCCUCAUAGCAAGUCUUAUCAUCAUCUUCUGCAUCGUGACUGUGCUUGGAAAGAAGGCUCUGGCAAACGGGGAGUUGUGGGCAAUCUUUGCGCUCAUUGUCUCUGCCCUCCUCUGCUCAGUGGUCACAGUCAUCAUCUGGAGACAGCCCGAGAGCAAGACCAAGCUCUCGUUUAAGGUGCCCUUCCUACCUGUCCUUCCAGUCCUGAGCAUCUUCGUGAAUGUUUAUCUCAUGAUGCAGCUGGACCAAGGCACAUGGGUCCGGUUUGCAGUGUGGAUGCUGAUAGGCUUUGCCAUCUACUUUGGCUAUGGGCUUUGGCACAGCGAGGAGGCAUCCCUGGCUGCUGACCAAGCAAGGACUCCUGAUGGCAAUUUGGACCACUGCAAGUGACAUACAGCCUCAUCCCCCAGGGGUGACAGCAGCCCUGAGGGUUGCCCACAGAGGACACGGAAGCACCUUGCUGUCUUCACCAAUGCGUUAGGACCCAUCCACAACCACAAGGCCCCUGAGCAGCAGAAGGUGCACUGCCUGGACAGCAGUCUCAGCCCACAGCUUGCGGAGCCUGCCCAGUCUUGUUCUGCAGAAGGCUCACCAGGCCCUGGUCACCUCUGACAGCUCUCUUCCCAGGGCACUUAGCUGUGGCUGGCCACUGCACCUCCUAACUUCCCUCUGAACAAAGAAAGCAGCUCCUCCCCUGCCGUGCUGCUGCAGCCCCAGGCAGGAUGGAGGCUACCUUCUCUCUCUGCUGGGCAUCCAGGGCUCUGUCCCCAGGUACUGUUCUAGUAUUGAAAAUGCGCCUAUUCCAGAUUUGUAGUAGCCAUCUCCCUGCUCAGCCCCAAACAGCUGGCUGUAGAUGCAAGAUGAGUACCACAAAAUAGUAUGUCCCGACAGGUCUACCCCUGAGCCAAAGGACAGCAGUUUAUUCAAAAAGGAAAAACAGAGUGGUUUCCUUCUCCUGCACCUGCCCUUUCAAGUUGCUUCCAGAAGGGGUCUUAGGACUGUGACCCCUUCUCCACUCCACCUCCAGGCAGAGGCUCUGGUCUGCCUGCCACCUUGACAGAGCCCAGCCCACUCUGCUGUGGGACCGAGGGCAACUGGUUCUGGGCAGAUAAGCAGAGGGAGCGCCACUGUGGGAACAAGGCGGGGCUGGCCCCACCCCAGGGCACGUGUGCACAAGGGACCUUUAGCCACAUUCCUUCCAGGCCUGGCCUCUUCUUGCUGCUCUGGUGGCUUACUAUUGGCUGUGUGUCCUGAGUAACUGGAACAUGACACUGUUUAUGUAGGAUUGGCCUCAAAUUAGCAGAGCUCAAAUACGCUUUUCUGUGGGUCUCUGCUAUUCAUUAAACCCUUGGUGUGUAUUGCUGUCCCUUGGGUGUAUCCAUCAUCCUCUGAUGCUUGCAGGUCAGUGUCUGGGGUCUUGUAAGGUUCCUAGUACCAGGUGUAUACUCGUUCUGAGGUGAUGGUUACAGGUCCUCCUGCCACCUGUCGCCCCUGCCAUGAUCUCUUUGGUUACCCUUUUAAGUGUGAUCAAAUUCAGUCCUCCACCAAAUAAGUUGGUGCUUAACGUUAACUUGGAAAAUGGCCAAAUAAUUAGUCUGUGCCAUCAGUGUAUUGUUCAGAGUGUGGGACCCGCACACAAGACGGUUGGGGUGUAUUGCUGUCCCUCGGCUGUAUCCAUUGUCCAGAUGUCCUGGAUUUGUAUACGGGUUUGUAACCUGGCCAGACCCCCACCUCCAUGAAUCUCUACACAACUUCCUCCCCUCUGUGGUGCUCACAGAUAGAAGCUGGAGGAAACUGGAACAGUAGUCCCUCUUCCUCCCAUUAGAGAGUAAUUCAGGAUACAGGAGGACUCAUGUUGAUGGAGACUGAGGGAGACAGACAUUUAGACUACACAGAAAAUGUAAAUGUUGCUUUCAAAGCUUAGUUU